CAGAUUCCAAUUGGUGAGUCACUGGCUAACCAGUCCUGCAGGUCUAGGAGGGUAUAAGAGCGGGAGGGAGCGGCCCGGCAGCAGUCGCCUGCAGUGAUCCUUCGGAACUCCUGCCCCUGGUCAGUAGCUGUAAGUCCGAUCUCCUCCACCCCACCAUGACUAGGGGCUUGGAGCUAGCACCACUGCUGCUGCUGGGGCUGCUGGCGGUGGUGACCCACUUUUGCGCUGCACAGAUGAGCAGCUGCACAUGCCCCACCAACAAGAUGACCGUCUGCAGCUUAGAUGGCCCAGGUGGCAGCUGCCAAUGCCGGGCGAUCGGUUCACAGAUGUUAGUCAACUGCACCACGCUGACUUCCAAGUGCCUGCUGCUCAAGGCGCGCAUGAGCGCCGGGAAGAGCGGCCGCAGCCUGGUGAAGCCUAGUGAGCAUGCGAUCCUGGACAAUGAUGGCCUCUACGACCCAGAAUGCGACGACAGGGGCCGCUUCAAGGCACGCCAGUGCAAUCAGACCUCGGUGUGCUGGUGUGUAAACUCGGUGGGUGUGCGCCGCACAGACAAGGGCGACCUGAGCCUGCGCUGCGACGAAGUGGUGCGCACCCACCACAUCCUCAUUGAGUUGCGCCACCGCCUGGCCGACCGAGCCUUCAACCACUCUGACCUGGACUCCGAGCUGCGGCGGCUCUUCAAGGAGCGCUACCAGCUGCGCCCCAACUUUCUGACAGCCGUGCACUACGAGGAGCCCAUUAUCCAGAUUGAGCUGCGACAGAAUGCGUCGCAAAAGAGCCUGGGAGACGUGGACAUAGCUGAUGUGGCCUACUACUUCGAGAGGGACAUCAAAGGGGAGUCGCUGUUCUCUGGCCGCCGCCGCCUGGAUGUGCAGGUGCGUGGGGAGCCCCUGCAUGUGGAGCGGAUGCUCAUCUACUACUUGGACGAGAAGCCCCCCCAGUUCUCCAUGAAGCGCCUCACCGCCGGCCUCAUCGCUGUCAUUGCUGUGGUUGUAGUAGCCCUAGUGGCCGGCGUGGUCGUUUUGGUGGUCACCAAUCGGAGGAAGUCAGGAAAGUACAGAAAGGUGGAGCUGAAGGAGCUGGGGGAGAUGAGAAGCGAACCUAGCUUGUAGAUGCCCAGCAGGUCCUGGGCUUCCACAUCAUCCCAGACCAGCAUGAGUUGGCCCGUUGAUUCUUGGCCAGGAGGUAAUUUUCCUCCCAGCUCUGACCUUUUACUUCUCUAUCCACAAACAAAUUCGCUAGAUGCUGAGUUCAGGUUACCUCCUCGCCUUUGGUCUUGAAGGAAGCAUUUCUGAAAUUCCUUGUCCAGUCAAUAGAGACCUGACCACAGAGUUAAGCAAAGGCUGGCUAGGUGGCUUAGUUAAGGAGCAAAUGCCAGGCAGCCCAGAGUUGUUUCCCAGUGACUUGAAUCCACCUAAAGACUUUCAUGGGUUGAAAUGGGAAAGCAGUGUUUGUACCGUUGUGGGUUGACAUCCAUCGGCUCCCUGCCUUCCCCAGAGAAGAGAAGCUCACUAAUUGAGCCUGUGCAGUGUCCUUCUUCGUCGGCCGUCGUUUGUGCGGGAGGAAAAGGCCUUUCCAAUAUCUGAAUACAUUUUAAAUGUCUCUGUUGGACUGCGUCUAUUCUUCUGCCUGCCCUUGAUGUAGCUGAUACUAGUACUGUUUUCUUUUGUAAAAUGUUUGUACAGAUGCGUCUUUAAUAAUGCUGCUGUUUUUUAAGCAACAACUCGAGUUUAA